AUGGCUGAACUUCAGGGCCACGCCCAAUUCUUGGAGUCAUGUCAAGACAAUAGGAGAAAGGCGAAGAACUAUGUUCAAUUUCGAUCGGCUUUGUCGCCAGAAUCCCCCAAGGCGCGCUUUCCUGGGUUUCGCCAGGGACUCACUAAAUUCAAGGCAGGACAGCAGGUACAGAAGGGAGCAAGACCUUUGCCUGUGGAUUUACUCAUGCAUGAAAGCAUGCCAAUGAUACUAUCCGAUGGCACCAAGCUGUAUUCCGAUAUCUUCUUCCCAGCUGGUUAUGAGAGCCUCGGAGCCGUUGACGAGCACAAAAAGAUCCCUGCUUUGGUUGCCUGGAGUCCUUAUGGCAAACAAAUGGGCGUGAGUUUAUUGGAUGACUUUCCAUUCCGCGCAGGCGUCCCAAAACAUUGGCUGUCAGGUCUUCAAAAAUGGGAGGGCCCGGAUCCUGCAUUUUGGUGCGCGGAGGGAUACGCAGUCGUCAAUGUUGACACACGCGGCGCCUAUACAUCUGAGGGUGAUCUCAUAAUGAUGGGACAUCAGGAAGCUCAAGAUGGAGCAGAGCUCGUGACUUGGCUAUCUCAGCAGCCUUGGUGCAAUGGUAAAGUCGGAAUGACUGGGAACAGUUGGCUGGCUAUGUCGCAGUGGAAAAUAGGAAGUUUGCGGCCUAGAGGCCUAGCGGCACUCGCACCAUGGGAAGGAAUACAGGACGUUUAUCGCGACAUCUUGUGUCCAGGAGGAAUUCCGUUCACUGGAUUCCAUGACUCGAUCGCCGACACUCUCUCCAGCUAUGGCAAGUUAGAGGACAUUUCCGAAGUCUUGAAAAGAUUUCCUCUCUGGAACGAGUACUGGGACGACAAGAGAUCUAAAUGCGAGCAGAUAAAUGUCCCCACAUACGUGGUUGGCUCCUGGACGAACCCGGUCCACACACCGGGGACAAUGAGAGCUUACCGGGCCAUACCUGAAUCAGUUCCCAAGUGGCUUCGAGUACACAACUCAAUGGAAUGGCCUGACUAUUAUGCUGACUCCAGUUGCCGUGACCUGAAGCGCUUCUUCGAUUGCUUCCUGAAGGCAAAAACGGAUAAUGGCUGGUUGGCGACACCCAAGGUGCGACUGAGCAUCUUGAAUUUUGGACUGUCUGGUUUGGAUGAUACCGUCAAUAGAGCAGAAGCUGAAUGGCCUCUGGCUCGGACCAAUUAUCGGAAGAUAUAUCUUACACUCGAGCAAAAAAUGAGCCCAUCAUACUUGGCGCAGCCUGGUCAAGUCACGUACGACUCGAAGAAUGGGAAGGCCACGUUUCAAUAUCGCAUACCAGAUAAUAUGGAAACUACGGGAUAUUUCAUUGCUCGGCUCGCAGUAUCUUCUUCCUCAAAUAGUGACAUGGACUUGUUCGUUCAAGUGAGCUGCCUUCGAGGCAGCUCUUCAUACAAGCAAGGCGUUCUCACUAUUCGGCCACAUAACGUCAUGGGAGUCGGGAUGCUUUUCCAUUGGGGACCAAGUGGUCAGCUCCGGGUCAGUCAUAGCCAACAUAGCAGUGAGCUUUGCACGACUUUCGAACCACUUUAUCGUCACACCGAGCGUGUUCCAUUGACCCAGGACGAGGUCCGAGUCGUGGAGAUACCUCUUCGUCCCUAUGGGAUGUAUUUGAAAAAAGAUGACAUUAUGGAACUUACUGUGGCGGGGAAUCCGGUUCUACCAUUUCCAAUUCCAGGCGUCAAAGCACUGCACGGCAAAAAUGAUGGAUCUCACACUAUCCACUGCCUUGAUAGAGGGGAUCAGAGUUCUUGUCUUAUUGUACCUUGUGUCUAG